AUGAUCGACUACAGUGCAAGUGGAGAAGCCGACGUAGGAAUCAGCACAGAUUGCAUCAGAGACGGCAAGUACGUGCCGGGAAGCAAAGUGGAAUACAAGUGCGACGAUCAUUAUAAUAUCAGGGGAUCGUCGGUCCGGAUCUGCACAGAGAGCGGAAAAUGGACUGGUCACAUCCCCUUCUGCGAUCCGGAAUGUGGGAAGAGGCUGUUGGUGACGGGGUUGUCGGCUGGGGGCAAGCCGUCGAGUCUCGGAGAAUGGCCAUGGCAGGCUGCCAUUUACGAUGUCGAUAAGAAACUCAUCGUUUGCGGAGGGGCUCUCAUUUGGAAGCAGUGGGUUCUCACGGCAGCUCAUUGUAUCGCAUAUGGUGGUUCCUCACGACCUCGGCCUCAGAAUGACUUCCGCGUUUAUUUGGGGAAACAUUAUCGGAAUGAUUCAUUGGACGAUAACUUCGUCCAGCAGAGAGAGGUAUCUGUGAUCGUUUCAUCCAAAGACUUCAGCAUUCAUAACUUCGACUCUGACAUCGCCCUACUGAAACUGACCGAGCCGGUCCAGUUGACGGACAGAGUGCAGUUGAUCUGCAUCCCGAAGAAUCUUCAGAUCACAGAGAACAACCUCAAGGAUGGAAACAUAGGAUCGGUGGCGGCUUGGGGUUUGAGCAGUUCGGAUGUCCUCAGCGAAGAAUUAACGAAAAUACAGAUCCCGGUGGUAGCAAAUAAUAUUUGUCGUCGGGAUCUCAUUUAUCUCCCUGGCAAUCCUGACACCUACCGCACUCUCACCGUCAAUCAAUUCUGUGCUGGGCAAAACAGGACUAUCUCUGAGACAGCUAUUCAUCUACACCNUCACCAUCUCGGCAAAAAGGAAUGCUCCAAGAGGCGGGGUGGCGAAUAUGGGAUUUUCACCAGGGUUCAUCGAUACGUCGAGUGGAUCGAGACGGUGAUCGGGUAAAGACUACGAUGGUCAUCUUUUCCUACUUCAGCCACAUCUGUAAUUCGUUCCGGACGGGCGAUGUGCAAAAGUCGGAAACAUUUUUUAAUGGAGAGAUACAACGGUG